AUGCCGCUAAAUAAUAUCAACCAACUGACCAACGUUCUUUCUUUCUUUCUUUCUUUCUUUCUUUCCAUCCCUCUCCCAUUUUCCUCUUUCCUUCUUGCCCGUUCACUGCUCUUCUAUUCUUUCUUUCUUUCUUUCUUUCUUUCUUUCUUUCUUUCUUUCUUUCUUUCCCAUUUUCUCCUUUCCCGUUCACUACUCUUCUACUGUUUCUUUCUUUCAUUCUUUCUUUCUUUUAACCUUUCUCUCUUUUUCUUCUUUCCUUCUUUCAUGUUCUCUGCUCUUCUUUCUUUCUUUCUUUCUUUCUUUCUUUCUUCCCACCUCUCCCCUUUACUCCACUCUUUCUUUCUUUCUUUCUUUCUUUCUUUCUUUCUUUCUUUCUUUCUUUCUUUCUUUCUUUCUAAGUGCCAUCUUCUCCAUGAGGGUAACCUCUAUGUAACCCUUUCUGUUGCCUGGCCAAGCAGUUCACCUCUUUUCUCACAAGCCGCAACCUAUAGAACUUUCGUGUCAUUAGAGGCGUUCGCAUUCAAGAAACUUGCCAGCACCAAAACCUCCAACAGUGAGAGGACGAAGUCGUUUCGCUGUAAUAUUCUUUGUCGGCAUCGUUCCGUUUAUCACCACCCCAAAGUCAUUUGGAUCAGAUUUGCCAGUGGCUACGUCUCCUCAGAUAAUAUUGCAACCGAAUAA